UCAAUAUGCACCACUUUAAAACCACACGAAAAGGAAAGGAAAUUUUUAGUACAGCCAACGUUCGCGCAAUGAAGCUGCCACUGCUGAGGCCAGGCCAAAAGCUCAUGCUUCUGUGAAGACCUGCAAGGAGCCCGCAGUGGCUCAGAGAGUAUCCCCCCAGAAGCAAACAUACAUGGGAAUUCCAAAAUCAUGAAAUCACACCAUGGAAAACCCAGGCUUCCUCGUAAUCUCAGACGUUCCCACCAGUCCACACAAUCUAGUAAGUUCACCAAUAAAAUUUCCCGUAAGAAUUAGAAAAAUUGUAACCUAGCAUUGUGAAUAUAGAUGUUUUAACAGAAAAUAGUCGCUAAUUUUAAUUACUAACGUCCCUACCAUUUUUUUAAACAGAUUCUUCGGAUUUUUUUUUUUUUUUUGAAGAGUCAUCCUUCCUUUCCCUCAAGAUGACAAACAGUUCUCUCUUCUGCCCAGUUUACACAGGUCUGGAGCCGUUCACCUAUUUUUUUUAUUUAGUUUUUCUUGUUGGAAUUAUCGGAAGUGGUUUUGCAACCUGGGCUUUCAUACAGAACAACACAAAUCACAGGUGUGUAAGCAUAUACUUAAUUAACUUGCUUACAGCUGAUUUCCUGCUCACUCUGGCAUUACCAGUGAAAAUCGUUGUUGACUUGGGUGUGGCACCCUGGAAGCUGAAGAUAUUUCACUGCCAAGUGACAGCCUGCCUCAUCUACAUUAAUAUGUACUUAUCAAUUAUCUUCUUAGCAUUUGUCAGUAUUGAUCGUUGUCUUCAGUUGACGUACAGCUCUAAGAUUUACCGGAUACAAGAACCUGGAUUUGCCAAAAUGAUAUCGACCGUGGUGUGGCUAAUGGUCCUUCUUAUAAUGGUGCCCAACAUGAUAAUUCCCAUCAAAGACAUCGAGGAGAAGCCAAAUGUGGGAUGCAUGGAAUUCAAAAAGGAGUUUGGAAGAAACUGGCAUUUGCUGACCAAUUUCAUAUGUGUAGCAAUAUUUUUAAAUUUCUCAGCCAUCAUUUUAAUAUCUAACUGCCUUGUAAUUCGACAACUCUACAGAAACAAAGAUAAUGAAAAUUAUCUAUAUGUGAAAAGGGCCCUCAUCAACAUACUUUUAGUGACUACAGGCUACAUCAUAUGCUUUGUUCCGUAUCACAUUGUCCGAAUCCCAUACACCCUCAGCCAGACAGAAGUAAUAUCUGACUGCCCAACCAGGAUUUCACUCUUCAAAGCCAAAGAGGCCACGCUGCUCCUGGCAGUGUCGAACCUGUGUUUUGAUCCUAUCCUGUACUACCAUCUCUCAAAAGCAUUCCGCCUAAAAGUCACCAAGACUUUUGCUUCACCUAAGGAGACCAAGACUCCAAAAGAAAAAUCAAGUGGUGAGAGCAGUGCAUAAAAUAUGGGAUUUUUCAUGCUAUCACUUCCUGUCUCAGUGACAGUAAGUACUGGGAAAGAGAAAAGAUAGCCUAAGUAAAAGACAGCUACCAUAUGUGGCCUGCUUUACUCAGAAACUGUUUCUAAAUGUAAAUCGAGCAGCACCCUUGUGGUGCUUAAACCACGUUCAUACAAAAACAAAACAAAAAACCUAAAAAGUACUGCUGAACCAACACAACACCUUGCAUUAUCCUUGAAACCUAAAGAACUUUUAUGACACAGACUCAGAGUCAGUCAUGAAGUAUCCAUUUGAAUAUUGGGAACUGACUUCUUGAUAGAAAUAUGCAAAAUGAUCUCCAUGUAAGAUGCCAGAAAGCCCUUUGGCAACACGAUUUAAAACCAUUUAGAUCAUACUAAAUAAAAUCCAGCUGAUCUUUACAUGAAA